ACGUACACCGAUGAUCAGAGCUGUUGGCUGGAUGCUAGCUGGCUAGCUAACUGUCUGUCAAGUCGAACACAUUGGGCUAGAAGGGGGAAGCGCAGCGGUGGAGAAGAACGGCGACCCAAGCGCCGCUACGAAAUGGCCGGGCAACAGUUCCAGUACGAUGACAGCGGCAAUACAUUUUUCUAUUUCCUAACGUCCUUCGUCGGACUUAUUGUGAUCCCAGCCACAUAUUACCUCUGGCCCCGGGAUCAGAAUGCUGAACAACUGCGGCUGAAGAGCCUAAGGAGGGUCCAUGGCAGGUGUCUGUGGUACCGGCUCAGGCUGAUGAAGUCACAGCAGAGCAUUGUCCCAACACUAAAGAAAGCAGCCUUGUUAUUUGGCUGGGUCGUGUUCCUGCUGCUCGCCUACAAGGUGUCCAAGCUGGACAGAGAGUACCAGGAGUAUAAUCCAUAUGAAGUCCUCAACCUGGACCCGGGUGCAUCGCUGUCAGAAAUCAAGAAGCAAUACCGUGUACUGUCACUCAAGUACCAUCCUGACAAAGGUGGUGAUGAGGCCACAUUCAUGCGAAUUGCCAAAGCUUAUGCUGCUCUGACCAAUGAACAGUCCAGACAGAACUGGGAAAUAUACGGCAACCCAGACGGUCCAGGAGCAACCAGUUUUGGUAUUGCCCUGCCUGCCUGGAUUGUCGACCAGAAGAACUCAAUGCUGGUGCUGUUGGUGUAUGGACUGGCCUUCAUGGUCAUCCUCCCUGUUGUGGUGGGCACGUGGUGGUACCGCUCCAUCCGAUACAGCGGAGACCAGAUCCUCAUCAACACCACCCAGCUCUUCAUGCAUUUCAUGUACAAGACGCCCAACAUGAACAUGAAGCGGUUAGCCAUGGUGUUGACAGCAGCCUUUGAGUUUGACCCUCGCAGCAAUAAAGAAGCCACCAUACGACCAACAGACAACAUCGAAGUGCCACAAUUAAUCCGUGAGUUGGGAAAUAUUAACGUAAAGAAGAAGGAGCCUCCGUUCUGCUACCCGUACAGUUUGAAGGCCAGGGUCUUAGUGCUCGCUCACCUGGCACGCAUGGACGUAUCAGAGGAGUUGGAGGAAGAUCAGAGGUUUGUGGUGAGGAAGAGUCCUGCUCUCCUCCAGGAGAUGAUCAACGUGGGCUGUCAGCUUACCAUGAUGGCCAACAGCAGAGGAGGCUUCCACGCUCCUCGACUGGUAACCAUAGAGAAUUGUAUGAAGCUGACCCAAAUGAUAGUGCAAGGUCUGCAGGAGUCAAAGUCACCACUGCUGCAGCUGCCCCACUUUGAGGAGGAGCACCUCCGCUACUGCAUCUCUAAGAAGUAUAAAGUUCGGAGCCUCCAGGACCUGGUGAGUCUCAAGGACUCCGACAGACGCAGCAUGCUGCGCUUCCUAGGGGAGGAGAAGUACGACGAGGUCAUGGCUGUGCUGGGCAGCUUCCCUCACAUCACCAUGGACACCAAACUGCAGGUCCUUGAUGAUGAAGACAGCAAUAACAUCACAGCAGGCUCUAUUGUCACAGUAACUGUCACCUUAACCAGAAAACGGAUGGCGGAGGUGUUUGAAAAGGAGCAGGAGUCAACACCGUGUCUAGCAGAGGAGACUGCCACUACAGAGGAAGCACAGGGGGACACGAGUAAAACCAAAACAAAAGUGUGGCAGAACAAGAGUAAAGGGGCUAAGAAGACAGCCAAGUCCAAGAAGAAAAAAUUAACCAAGAAGAAGGCCACUCCUGCGCCUGCCAAAACAAAGCAGGCCAAUGGCAACGUGGCAGGAAAUGAGGUUGUAGUAGCAGCAGCAGCGACGGCAGCGGCGAAGGAGGAAGAGGACGAGGUCUCCGAUAAGGGCAGCGAGUCGGACGAGGGCGAAGCAAACAAGGACUCUCCCAGUGAGAGAGACGAAGACAGUGACAAACAGAGUGACACGGAGGUGGACGAGAUGGCUGGCGACGAUGAAGAGGAGUGGGAGGCAUUGCAGCAGAGCAUCCAGCGGCGAGAGCGGGCCCUGCUGGAGACCAAGUCAAAGGUGACGCACCCGGUCUACAGCCUUUACUUCCCAGAGGAGAAGCAGGAGUGGUGGUGGCUCUAUAUCGCCGACCGCCGAGAUCAGACGCUCGUCUCCAUGCCCUACCACGUCUGCACGUUAAAAGACACAGAAGAGGUGGAGCUGAAGUUUCCAGCCCCCUCCAAAACAGGCAACUACCAAUAUUCUGUCAUCCUCCGUUCUGAUUCCUACCUGGGACUGGACCAGAUCAAACCACUCAAGCUGGAGGUCCACGAGGCCAAGGCCAUGCUGGACAACCACCCACAGUGGGACAUCCCCGACACAGAGGAGGAGGACGAGGAGCAGGAAGACAGCGACGGCAUCGAGGAGAGCGAAGACGACGACGAGGACAACGACUGAAUGCGGAUACACACACACGCUCAGCCCUCCCCCCCAUGGACUGGCCACCCACCCACUCCUGACCCCACAACUGCACUCAAGAGCAGCGAACGAGGAGCGGCUGUGCCCACCACACAAACACACAAACACACACACAUACACACACACCAAACACACACUGAAUCACCGGGGACAGUUUCUACACGCAGAGCCCUCCUCCUCUUCCAUUUUAUCUUCACAUGGACUGUGACCCCGCCCCCUUACAUUUUCCCUUUUCUACAGAGACUUGUUCAUUCACUUUCCGUUUCUGGCGGAAGAGAAUUCUGUGAAUACUUUACCCAGGCCCGCGUGUGUGAGUGGGUGUGCACGUGAGAGUGUGAGUGGAUGGUGUGUGUUUGUAACCUUGUAUGUGUUUGUACAGGUAUGAAAGGUUGACACACUGUGGACUGGAGGACCUAUUAUCUGGGCUCUUUACUUCUUUUCUUGAGGGGGAGAGGGGGGGAUGUAUAACAGCUAAUUCCGUUUGCAAAUUAACACACACAAAAAAACACAUGACCUCCGUACAGGACUCAUGACGUCGCUCUCGCUCCUAAUUUUAAAAAUCACUCAGCACCGAUGUUUUCCACACCAAUGAUACUUUCUAUUGUACACUUAAAACUGCAGAAGUGUGAGCUUUAGCCCCGCUCGCCGGGGAUCACAUCAGCCAUCGGGGCGUUCGCUCCUGUCAGCGCAUGGGGGCACAGUUGAGUCUCGUCAGGUUUAAUUUUGAAAUUUUAUUUCCUGCUGUCAAACCAGCCAGUCACUUGUAUGUACUUGUACUCACUGUAUGUUUAAGGAGACAGAUAGAUACUGAUCUCUAGUCAGUUCUGUUCAUGCUGCCCCUGCGACCCACGUCAAACUGUGUCUUUCUGAAAGCAGGUGGAUCUUAAAUGAAUCGACCUCAAGUAUAAACGGGGGGAAAACUUGCAGUGUUAAGAUUUGAAUUACUGAGUACUCUUCUUGUCCAUAUACUACAUACAAGUCGUGAGUUUUCAGUCUUUUUAAAAGGGGCUCAGAUACUGAUAUAUAUAGAUAUAUACAUACUUGUGGCAUUUCAGAGAAGUGACUUCCUUUCUCUUCAUCCUUUUCUUUUUCCUUUUACAAUUGUAGCACAUUCCAGUGUAUACUCAUUGUCCGAAAAGGCCUUAUGAAUACAACUGAAAUACCACAACAUACACAAGUCCUUGGGUGCUAUGCACCGAGUGUUUCUUGGGAGAGCGGAAAAAAAGAUUCUUUCUUUUGUGUUUGUAACAGUGUUUUCCUUUUGUUUUAGUCUCUUCAUAGUAACCUACAGCUCCUCAGUCUUGGAAUACAUAUCACUGAUCUCGCCAUGACAAAGCCUCUAAUAAGUACAGUUUUCAUCUGCUGAAAGAGGAUUAGCAGUCGUACGGGACAUGUGACCGGCCCUGUGUUAAAGGGAUUGGAGUAUGACGCUCUCAGCACUCAUGAUCUGGAAGGUGUCUCGAACAAAAACCUGUUGACAGUCACUUUUAGUGUGAGCGUACUCUGUCCCGCACACCUUUCCUCUUCAGUGAUUCAAGCAGAACGAGCUGCGUUUUGUAACUGCCAUUUCAGAUGGAACGUUUUUUUCCCCCGCCACAUCAUGAGGAUCUUAGUUCUUAAUUUUUCUGUCUGAAGGAUAGGGAUGUCAGUGGCCUCGUAUAUUUUUAACCGGUUACGGUUAAUUUUGCUACUCUUGGGUUUAGUAGUAGCACUAGCACUAUGCUGUAACACAACAAAGCUAAAAAGCUAUUCAUGCUAUAAAGGUUAGCUAGCUGCUCUUUAUUGUGCACGAACUGGGUUCAGUGGGAGCUAGCAAACGUUGCUACUUGGUAAUUCUGCUGGUAGUGCCAUCCCAACCCAUUAAGGCAUUGCUGUGGAAACAUCUUGCCCACCCUUUGGUCUCCACCCAGGUCCAUUUGGCAAGUUAGUGGCUUAAUUUUGAGUUGCAAUACCCUUUUAGCAUUGUUAACUAUGUUAGCACAUGGGCAAUCUGGGGAGGAGCGAAGGGUGGCCACCAUAUUUCCGCAUCAACGCCUCUGGUGGGAAAUUCAGUGUGGAGAGUCGGUGAUCCACUAAGCUGGUCCGUUUUUCGCGUUAGAAGCCGACUAGCGCUUUUUGGGAGGGUCGGGCUUGGGCUCGAUAUUUUAUGUGAUGAUCUUGGAUUGACCGGGUUCAGGCUUCAAUGUACAUGUGCCGGUUCAGUUUGGGUUGUAAUUUUUUCGGCCCAUUGAGGACUCAGGUGUAAACUAUGUGUCUCGGCUUUCCACUUGUGUUCGGAUCACUGAAAACGCAUAGUAAUACCUGGUAGAACAGGGAUGUCAACAGCCUGUAAUAUUUUUAACUAGCCAUCCUGACUCAUGAUGGCGUUGCUGUGGAAACAUUGUGCCCACCAUUUGGUCUCCCCACAGUUCUCUUCUGUAAGUAAGCAGCUUUAUUUGAGCCGCAAAACCCUUUUAGCAUUGUUUACUAUGUUAGCAUUGUUAGCGGCGCAGUAGGGCUAGUGAUGCUAACAUAGUUAAGCUCUCAACUCACUUGGGCGAUCAGGGGAGGAGCGAAAGGUGGCCACCAUGUUUCCGCAGCAGUGCUGUCCCACCACCUUGACCCAGGAUGACAUUACCCGUGCUAAUCGUCAAAUGAAUGGCGACACUAGCUAGCUAUUACCUGGCUGGUGUGCAGUGAGGAACAGCUAGCUAACCAGUGGAGACCGUAGAGAGGGCAGACCACCUCUAAAUGGAUAGCGCUUCGAAAAAGUGACACUAAAGCGCAGAGUCAAUGGAACGCUGGACUAAAAGCACCUCUUGUAUUUUUCCAUUUUUUUCUCCUAAAAAUGAACCAGUUAGUUGCCGGCUAAUGGGUGCUGGGCUUUUUAAAGCAAAGUUAACUGAAGCUGACAUCUCUGUUGACGAAUACAGAGCAGUUCUGGCUAACCAACAGGUCUCCAUCUCAUUUAAAAUUAGUUGUUUUUUGUCUCACUUAAACUGUAGUUAUAACAAAUGUAACACUUUGACUUGUUUUCAAUCUAACCUUGUUUUUUGUUUUGUUUUUUUACAUCUGUUAGACUCAUGAGUGCAAAACAAAAGUAAACAGAGCGUCCUUGUGUUGCUCUGUGGGCUCUCACUGUACGUCGACGACUUGACAGUGUUUAAAACAAAUCUCUCACCAUGAUUAUCCACACUCAACAGUUAAUUUCUUUAUACUAGUGUGUCAUGUCAGUGUGGGAGAGACAAUGACGCUCUCCCAACACCACAUACAUACACACUCUCUCAAACUCAUAUGCGCGCACUAUACCCUCCUGUAAUUGUGUUCAAAGCAGGUGUAUGCUAACAGGUAAUAUUGUACUCUGAGUAUUUAUCGCUCUGCAAUAGAAUGUAGCAUCAGUGAUUUACGCUGUGUGGAAAAAAAACUGCAGUGAGGUUAAAUACGACACCAUCUCUCCCAUGACAGACUUGUCCAGGCGACUGGCCGGCAGGCCGCCUCAGUUUGGACAGACUACCCAAUGACUAUCUAUCUGCCACUUUUGUUUACAAAGGAACUGUCAUUGUAAAUGGAAAAAUAUAUUAUUUGUAUUUAAAAUCAUUUCAAAUAAAAACUUUUAAAUGA